CCUCCUCUCCUGAGAAUCCUCGUAAAACCCUUAAAUUCCUUCAAAAUGGUGAACCUUGGCGACGUUUUCCCCAACUUCACGGCUGAGAGCACCAUCGACCUCGAUUUCCAUAGUUUCUUGGGAGACAAGUGGGGCAUCCUGUUCUCCCACCCAGCUGACUAUACUCCAGUCUGCACAACAGAGCUGGGAAAGGUAGCCAAGUUGGCUCCUGAAUUCACAAAAAGGAAUUUUAAGAUGCUGGCCAUUUCAUGCGACAAUGUGAACGAUCAUCUUGGCUGGAUUAAGGACAUCCAGGCUUACAACCCUCUCAGGAGAUUUCCCCUUCCCUAUGUAGCGGAUGAGAAGCGUGAAUUGGCUAUCAAGCUCGGCAUGCUUGACCCAGACGAGAAGGAUUCUGCAGGUAUGCCCCUGACAGCCCGCGCUGUCUUCAUCAUUGGACCUGACAAGAAGCUGAAGCUCUCCAUUCUGUACCCUGCCACAACUGGACGUAACUUUGAUGAAGUCCUACGUGUCAUCGAUUCCCUGCAACUGACAGCUGAAAAGAAGGUGGCAACCCCUGCUGACUGGCAGGCUGGCGGAAACUGCAUGGUCUUGCCUACCAUCCCUUCUGCAGAAGCCAAACAACUAUUCCCAGAUCACAAGGUUCAUGAGGUGCCCUCCGGCAAGCAAUAUCUGCGUACCACUCCUUGCCCCAAGUAAAUUUGAGGUCUUGAAAGGUGCUAUUUGGGCGACCUUUUUCAUUUACUUAAAGAUUUCCUGUAAUCUUUUUGUUAUAAAACCUCUUUAACUUCUCUUUUUUAAGAAUUCAAAAUUUUAUAUGGAAAAAAGAAUUGAUUUUGUUUCCAGAAUUCAUUUUUUUGCACAAAUUGAAUUAAUUAGUUGUUUUGACUUUUGGGGGGUUCUGUACCUGACUUUUGUCACUUGGGUGUUAUUACUUUUGCACCAUAAUAGUGUAGGUUUUUCAUACUUUUUGUAACCAUAGGGUAGAAGAGAAAAAAAA